CGAAGGUUGUUCUGUUUACUUUCACAGAUGGUUGUGGAUUUUGGAAAGAAUUGGAGUAGAUUCGUUUUGAACUGAAAACUUUGUUAAUGUUUUCAUGUUUGUUUGAUUAUUAAUGAUCUUAUGAUGUUUAAAAAUAAACAUAACCGUGUAUUUAUUUUAAUUUUUGGAGUUAUAGGCUGUGAAAAUAUUUAUUAGUAAUUGUAUUUAUUUUUUUGUGGUUUAUUUUAUAUUAUAACAAUUAUUUUUUGAACUGUAUCCGCCAAGUUUUGUUUUUUUCUUACCUUCAUGUCAGAGAGUAUAAAUGUUUCAUAGCACUUUCUGACUUAAUUUUUGCUACUUGCUUCUAUAAAAAUGAGUAAGAACUCAAGAGGACCAGGCCGCAUACCUGAUAGAUGGCUACAUUGCCCUAGAAAAUCAUCUGACUUGAUUGCUGAUAAAUUUUUGGCUUUUAAAACACCUUUAAGUGAACAAUUUGAAAACCAAGUUCCUGCACACUGCAGAUUUACACCAAAAAUGUUGUUUAGUCUAACAUCGAGCUAUGGGCAACGUAUUGGCCUUUGGAUUGAUCUUACGAAUACAGACAGAUUUUAUAAUUCUAACGACAUUAAACGAGGGUAUGGGGAUAGUAAAGAGGUAGCUUACGUCAAACUCCAAUGUAGAGGACACGGUGAAACACCAGAUCAAGAAACCACUGAUACCUUUAUUAGGUUUUGUAAUGAAUUCAGUCAUAGAGACCCUCUCAGCAUCAUAGGUGUUCAUUGUACUCAUGGAUUCAACCGAACAGGUUUCCUCAUUGUAUCAUAUUUAGUUCAAGAAAUGGCCUGGGGACUUGAGGCAGCUAUAAAUGAAUUCUCAAAACACAGGUCACCUGGUAUUUAUAAAGAUGACUAUAUACAAGAGCUGUAUAGAAGGUAUGAACCUGACUCCGAUCCAAUAUCUGCCCCUCUUCGACCAGACUGGUGCUUAGAAUUUGAUGAUAGUAUCGAGGACGAUUCAUCUCCACAACCUAAAAAACGUGCGAACUCUGGACGAGAGUCAUCUGGGGGAAAGAAACGUUUUAAAAAUGGCAUAGUUCCUCAAUUUAUGGAAGGAAUUGAAGGCAUUGAGAUAGUGACCUGUACAGAAACUAUCCGUACUGUCCAACAAGCAGCUCAAGAAAUGUGUAACUGUCAAUUAUCAGGGUUUCCAGGUGCUCAGCCUGUCUCCAUGGACCGAGAAAAUAUUGAUCUCUUAAGGACGAAGCCUUAUAUGGUCUCCUGGAAGGCAGAUGGAACCAGAUAUAUGAUGGCAAUUCUAGACGAAAAUCGAGUUUAUAUGCUUGACAGAGAUAACAAUGUUUUUCAAGUUUUUGGGCUUCGAUUUGUGGAAAGAAAGAAUUUAGAUGCUCAUCUAAAAUGGACUUUAUUAGAUGGGGAAAUGGUAAUGGACAAACAUGAAGGACAAAAUAUUCCUAGAUAUCUGGUAUAUGAUAUAAUAAGUGUGAGUGGUAUAUAUGUUUCCGAACUUCGAUUUAGUCCUGAACGUAUGAAGACGAUAGAAACUGACAUAAUUAAACCAAGGCAACAGGCUAUGGAAAUAGGUAAAAUUGUCAGAGAAACUGAACCGUUCAGUAUACGUGCUAAACAAUUUCUUCCUUGUGGAAUGGCUCAUAAGUUUCUAGAUGAAAAAUUUGCUCGCCAAUUAACUCAUGAACCUGACGGCUUGAUCUUCCAACCUUCCGCAGAGCCUUAUAUGGCUGGACAGUGUCCGGAGGUGUUGAAAUGGAAACCUCCAUCUCAUAAUUCAGUUGACUUCAGGUUGAAAAUCCAAAAAGAAGAAGGCAUGGGGCUAUUAACUAAGAAGGUUGGAUUUCUUUACGUUGGAGGUUUCGAUCCAUCCUUUGCAAGAAUGAAGUAUACGAAAGAAUUAGAAAAAUAUGAUGGAAAAAUUAUAGAAUGUAGGUUCGAGAACAAUACCUGGAUAUUUAUGAGAGAAAGGACUGAUAAAUCUUUUCCAAAUAGUUAUAAGACAGCACGAUCUGUUUUCAACUCAAUUAAAAACCCAGUAACAAAACAUUAUUUACUCGAGUUCAUCGCUACUUCAAGGUAUAAAACUGAUAGUGAUAUUAUGCCUCCACCACAGAUGCCACCAAGACAUAGAAGAUAACCUAUAGGAUUGAAUUUUAAAUAAAUAUAUUUAUAAUUUGUAUCAUCUAUUAAAAAUGUAUUUUGUUUUUUACUAUUUAACUUGUUUCUUCGAUAAAUACAGGUUCCUAGUAUAAUUUUAUUUUUUAUUUUUGAAUGUACAGUUUUUAAAAAUGAAUAUAAUUUUGUAUUUUAUUUAUGCAUUUUUUUGGUAUAUUGGUUUAAUGUUAAGAACAAACUGAAUUAUUAAUAAUAAAUGAAGCAUAGAUUUAAAAUAACAUGGUCAUAAAAUAGCUAUUUAUACCAUUGCCAUGUUUCAAAGAUGAUAAAUGGGUAAAUCAUUGUAUGAAAAUUGUAAGUUCCUAAAUCAAAACAUAUAAUGUAACAUUUAAUAAAAAUUCUGGAAUUUUUUAGUAACUGUAAGUGUUAUGAUGGUCUAUACAAAGCUGAUUACUAAUAGAAAAAUUUGACUCAUAAAGAAAUGUUAUAUUUCAAACAUUAUCAUUGUUUAUAAUUUGAUUUCAGAUAAAAAAUAAUUUCAUAUAGACAGAAAAUAUUUAACUAAAUGGACAACCCAUAUUGACCAAACAAUUCAGUUAUAAGUUUAAUUCUUACGUUACAACAAUUUUGUUGCAACUAUAUUUUUUGUAAUGCAAACCUGUGACAGUGAUGAUAUUAAGUUAAAGACUUUUUAAAAGUCUUAAAUUUUUAUAAACUGUUAAAUAAAAUUUAAGUCUGAAAGCAUGAUGCGUAUAAUACAAAACAAAAGUAGAGAUUUGAAAAGUCAAAUGGCAAAUACAAAAGAGGUAAUUAAACACUACCUCUAUAAAUGUUCUUAUAGAAAACAAAAUCACUUUAUGGAACCAUCCAUAGAACUCUCUUCUGCAAUCUUAUUGAAACCUGUUAAAUAUUUAAAGUUUAGUUAAAAGUAUAUUUUUGUUAAAAUUUUAUUAUUGCAUUUCUGAGACUAUUCUCCAUAAAAAAUGAAUUUGAUUUCAGAAAAGAAGAAAAAUUAAGUCAUAAAUAAAUAGUUUAUUAUGAACUGAUUCACAGUUUAUAGAAAUAUAUUAACACUGCCACAUUUGUCAUUUUACCACUCUGUGAAUCAGACUAGAUUAUAAAAUAAAAAAGUGUUGUUCAUAUUUAGUACCAUAAUAUAUAUAAAUAUAUAUAUUUUAAAUCAUAUUGUUUACUGCAAUUCAUUUAUUGUUAAGAACAACCAAAUACUAAAUUUGACCAUUGCUGUUAUAAGAAAUAUUUCUUAAUUACAAUAAUUUUUUCAAUCUUGUCACAAGCCCAUUUAUAAAUAAACCAAUGAUAUUUA